UAAGUCCUCGGCUCUCUCCGUUGAACAGUUCGUCUCGUCGAUGUCGCCUUUGAUUGAUCUGGAGAAGGAAGCUGAAAUCUCAGCAUCGAUUGGUUCGUCUUCAUCAAGAACCUUGGAUGUUGCUCAAAGGAAAGGAUCAGCUGUUCUCAAUCUCAAAUGCACUAAUGCAGAGACAGGAUUAAUGGGGAAAACACUUCUUGAGUUCCAACCUAACAGAGGAGAUGUUCUUCCUGCGCACAAGUUUGGGCCUCAUGAUGUGGUUGUUUUAAAGCCAAACAAGGCAGAUCCAGGUUCUCCUUCUCUUGGACAGGGUGUAGUUUAUCGACUAAAGGACUCUUCUAUCACGGUUGCUUUUGAUGAAAUUCCUGAAGAUGGUUUAGACAGUCCUUUACGCCUAGAGAAAGUUGCAAAUGAGGUUACAUAUCGCAGGAUGAAGGAUGCUUUAAUUCAACUGAGUAAGGGAGUGCAGAAGGGACCUGCAUCAGAUUUGGUUCCGGUGUUAUUUGGGGAGAAACCGCCUACCUUUUUGAAUAAGGCCUUGCAAUUUACUCCUUACAACAAGAGUCUUGACCAUUCCCAGAAAAAUGCAAUAUCAAAGGCUCUCAUGUCUAGAAGUGUGUUUUUGCUUCAUGGGCCGCCUGGAACGGGGAAAACCACAACUGUAGUGGAAAUUAUCUUACAAGAAAUUAAACGUGGUUCCAAGAUACUUGCAUGUGCUGCUUCAAAUAUUGCUGUUGACAACAUAGUUGAGCGGCUUUUUCCUUACAGAGUCAAGCUUCUGAGGUUGGGCCACCCUGCACGUUUGCUGCCUCAAGUAUUAGAGAGCACGCUUGAUGCACAGAUUUUGCGGGGUGAUAACAGUUCGUUGGCCAGUGAUAUCCGCAAGGAAAUGAAGGUUCUAAAUGCAAAGCUACUAAAAACCAAAGAUAGAGGGGCGAAGAGGGACAUAAGAAAAGAACUUAGGCUACUUUCCAAAGAAGAAAGGAAAAGACAGCAGCUUGCGGUCAAGGAUGUUAUGAAGAAUGCGGAUGUAAUUUUAACAACUCUGACUGGUGCAUUUUCUCACAAAUUGGACACAAAUACUUUCGAUUUGGUAAUAAUUGAUGAAGCUGCUCAGGCACUUGAGGUAGCUUGCUGGAUGGCUUUAUUGAAGGGAUCAAGGUGCAUACUUGCAGGAGACCAUCUUCAGCUUCCCCCAACAGUACAAAGUGUUGAAGCUGAGAAGAAAGGCUUAGGGAAAACUCUAUUCGAGCGUUUGGCAAGCUUGUAUGGUGAAGUAGCCAUGUCUAUGCUCACUGUCCAAUAUCGCAUGCAUGAGCUUAUUAUGAGUUGGUCAUCUAAAGAGCUCUAUGAUAAUAAGAUGGAGGCCCAUUCAAGUGUUGCUGGACAUAUGCUUUAUGAUCUUGAAGAUGUGAAGAAGUCUUCUUCAACGGAGCCUACUCUUGUCCUCAUAGACACAUCUGGGUGCGACAUGGAAGAGAAAAAAGAUGAAGAGGAUAGCAGUUUGAAUGAAGGUGAAGCUACAGUGGCGAUGAAUCAUGCAAAGAGACUUGUUGAAAGUGGUCUUCAUCCGUCUUAUAUUGGAAUUAUCACUCCUUAUGCUGCACAGGUGACUUGUCUCAGAAUGAUGCGAGGCGAAGAUGCUAAGCUGAAAGAUUUAGAAAUCUCUACAGUUGAUGGAUUCCAAGGCCGAGAGAAAGAAGCCAUUAUCAUUUCCAUGGUUAGGUCAAACUCAAAGAGAGAGGUGGGCUUCUUGAGUGAUAACAGAAGAAUGAAUGUGGCUGUUACACGAGCUAGAAGACAGUGUUGUCUUGUUUGUGAUACCGAAACUGUAAGCUCCAACAAGUUCUUGAAGACUUUGAUUGAAUAUUUCGAAGAGCAUGGUGAGUAUCUGAGUGCAUCUGAAUAUGAGCAUAAUUACGUCCUAUGACAUAUUGCAAUUGCAAUUGUAUUCAACAAUCUCGAUGAUUAGGCUGUAAGAAGCGCAAAGACCUAUGAGAAACUAUAUAGCUGUGUUGUUUUACUGAAUUAUUCAGUCUCAACUUAGUACUUCCCGGACCUUGCUGCUA